AAGAACCAGUAAAAGCCUGAUAGUCGUGGUAGAGAUUUAGUAUUCUAGUGUGUUGGUGAUUCUAAUCUACCUUUUCGUUUCCAUUCUCUCUGGUGAAGUAUAAAAUCUGAGGAUGAUCAAGUUCAUCUCAUGAGAACUCCAAAGUGUUCAUCCCUAGAAACAAAAUUUAGUGAGAAAGAUCAGUCAAAGUAUAUGACCCCGUCGCAGGUUGUGUAGGAUAAGAUGCUUGGUCCUUCGCACACCGACAAUGCGCAGCACUACCAGAAGGACAUGGGUGGCCGGGAUGGAAGCGGACCUGUGCCGGGCGACCAUUCAUGUAGUACCAUGAACCUGAGCGGUAAUAUCAACAACAAUAUGGGAGGAGGAGGAGCAGGAGCACUAGGAGGUGUUCAAGGCCAGCAUAUGCAAAAUAACGGACCGUCGACUGGUAGUAAUUCCAGCAUGCAUCAGGGUAGCGGAGGAGCUCCGUAUAUUUAAGGCUGCCGCUGAGGCAACAUCCUCAAGAGAGCCAUAGUUCUACUUGAAAAGGAAACCAAGUAGGUUACGCUGAGGGAUGCAAAAACGCGGUAGUUCUAAGAUAUGGGUACUAGUAGUUCUGCUUGCGGGAGUGCUGGCGGUCACGGUGUAGGUGGGUCAAACUCUGCGAACGCGGGGGCUAGCGGGAGUUACAAUCCGUCUCCACCGAGUCUGCAGCAUGCAGGAAGUGGCCCCUCAGUUUCGAUACCCUGGAGAUGCUUAGUUCCAGCACCGGCAGCAGGACCUAUCGUGGGCAAAGCAGGAGAAAACCUCAAGAAGUACAUCCUGCAGAUCGAAGAUCCUACUGCUCGAAUUGAUGUUAUGUGAUCAUCGUUCUUAAGUAAACCAUGAUUGAUGCGUCAUGAUGAUAGAUGCGUCUUCGUUGUUAAGUAAAUGCUGUUGACUCGGGGCCUUUUCCUUCGAGACAAGGUGAAAGGUGGAUGGUUGUCUUCUGGAUUUUUUCGCCGGUGAAGAGAUAACUACAAGGGCUCAGUUGCAUCCGUACUAGAAAAACAUGGACUAGCACGGGCUUUGUUGAUUUUGUGUAGUAUCAAGUUAGGUCGUUGUAGAAUAGUAAGCUCUAAUGAAGUCACGAAGGAAGGCGAGCUGCAAUAUUUAGAGGACAAGAUGCUCAUUAUUCGAGCGAGUUCUCACGAAAAGAAAGCCGAAAUGUGCCGUUAUGUGCUACAUAAAGUGGAGGCGUGUUUGAAUCAAACGGCAGAGCACAAAUUGGAGCACGUCAAUCUCGGAUCGAACAAGGAGCCGAUAACAUUGUUUAUGGAGGGAUAGCUCGUUCUCAUGAUGCUUUGUCUCUUGUUUUAUCGCCCUUCACUUCAACGGGCGGGGGCACUCUGAGCCGGAGCGGCCUCGGAGCACAUCAAGCGACGGGCGGGGCGUUUGCCCCGUAGUGGCGAGAGCAACGACGGCAAGCCAGACAAGCGCAGAUGAUCCGCACGUCCCUGAAAGGCAACGCGGCGCGCCUCUAGUGCCAGCGUGUGGGGCGUCAGUAUUUGCGUGCAGCAAGAAGGUCUGCACGAUGAAACACCCACGGAGACAGCUGGCCGGACGACGCGACGCGAAACGCCUUGCCGUUUACUGCGAUGCGCUUCGUGCCAUCUCGGCAGGCCCAGCCCCAGGAGGUGGCGCGGCUUGCGUUUGCUGUGUAUCGCGUGGCCUUUUUUCUGGGCGGGCGCCUUUCCGUUGAAGAUGUUCGCCGACGCGCUCGGGGAUGUUUCCCCGGGGUACGCCGUAAGCGUAACAGCCAUGGCCGAAGCCCCAACACCCAAGCAACUUACUAAGGCAGGGGCGCACUCAUCCAGUGCUGGACGUGACCCAUUACUUUCCUGACUUUCACGGUGCUGGUUCUUCGUUUGUCCUCACAGUGAACGAGCGCGACGGCCUUGCAUGGCGCUCGGCUAGGGCGUCUGAGUUUGUUGCAAGCAGCUCACAGACCUCCGCGGCCAGUGUGUGAGCGCUGCACCCGGGGGGGCUUGUGGGGUGCUCAUGGCGUCGCGUGCUGGCGGUUUUUUCGGAAGCACGGCGGCGGGGCUUGGGGAUUUGCUUCGUAUGGCGGCAUUGUUUGAGGUGUCAAGCAGGGCGCCGGCAGCGGUCCACUUUCCGCCGUUUGGCGAGUUGGGUUGUCUUCGAAGCAGUGCCAAAGGGCUCACACCUGAAGCAUAAGCAUCCUCGCGGAAGCAGGUCCAAGGGGGGCGCGCCUCACCGAACAGGCCCGCGCUCCGUCACGACAGUGAAAGCAGAGAGGAACCAAGAACGAACACGAAGCUGAGCGCCUUCUUUGGAAACGUUGCGGCAGUGGACUGCGGACCGCUAUGCGCUUCGUGUUAGUUGCCGGCGAAUGCUACUCAGGAGAAGACAGGGCCACACGCUGCGCCUGCUGGGCACAGCCCGGAACUUUGAGGCAAAGCAACUACGGCGCAGCCCGUUGCUACUUGAGUGAUCAGCAACUUCCCUCAUUUUUGGUGGACGGGGUGCGAUGUUUGCUCUCGUAGGUUUCGACUUGGUGUUGCUUCUUCGGUGGGGCCCAUGUGUGUGGCCUCUUGACUGCAGUGGUGGAAGAGCAAGCUUCUACCACGCGCCCCGGAAAUAGAUGACGCGCGGGGGAUCAGGAUGCCACGCCAGCAAACGAAGGCGGGGCGGCCGGUCUCCGGCAGUCGAUGGGGACCGGCUGCAGCCCCUCGCCACGACCAACGGAGCCCGGGGCGCUCUUGGGUUGUCCCCGUGUUGGGGGCAGUGGCUGACAGGGAGGCGCAGGCAAGGGCCUACGCGUCACGCUUGCUAGUCCGGGGCGACCUGCGGAGUAGCAGCCAAAGCGGCGGGCUCAGGCGGCCGGGCGUUGUUGUUUUCCCUUUUUUCGCUUGAGCCAUCUAUCCAAAAUUCCUCAGACUGUUUUCUUUCUCAUAACUUGUUUUUGCCUAUGCAUUCCGCAGCUCGUCGUUGCUAGCGUGGUUGGCUACCAGGGCUCUCGCAUCAAAGAGAUUAUUCGGCUGAGCGGUGUCCAGAAAGUGGACGUACCCAAGUCAGCAUCCUUCGCAACGGACUUUGUGCUACGACUAGUGGGCGAUCUCGAAUGCAUUCUGAAAGCAACCAGCCUCAUAUACGAGGUACCGCUUAUGUCCAUUCGAAAUUCUUACUUUGUACACUUUUUUUUUGUAGCCUCGCACAACUUGAUGUACUGAAUGAUGUCUACGUGGUUCCUCGGCGAUCCACUCCUCGACUGAAUCUGUAAAUCUAAUACUCAUUGAGCAGGAAAGCUGUUCCAUCGCCCAGUUUUCUGUUAGUCCUGCGUAGGGGACAGUGACUCAAACGUCUUUUUCCAAACCACUAUAGAUUGUAACGACUAUGGCAAACGAAGGAAAGCUUUCCGAGCGAGAUUUUACGGUGAAGCCGCGAAUGUAUAGCAAUUUGCAGCCAGUAAAGGAUGCACAGUUGAUGCCCAAUUUCCUCAACGUGCAGCUUUCACCCUUACAAGUGACGCAAAACAUUCGGAUGCUCAUGAUUAUACCAGAGGCCAGCUGGCUCAUCGGGAGAAAUUUAUGAUGAAACAGUUGAACAAUAGUGACAAUCAUAUCUUCACGUCGUAAGGUUUGGGUAAAGCAACGAAUACAAAUGUGAUUGUUGUUCCUGCUCUGGGUUGGUCAGGGUUGGUGGAGGGUCAGCGUAAUCAUAUUACUAUCUUUACAUCAACAUCAGAGGGUUAGGGUAGAGCAACAAAUUUACCAAGAUGUUCAUAUCAUAGACUGACAAGGUAAGGCAGCGAAUUUAUGUUUUACAAGUGAGUUAACCCUUGUUCAUGUUGUGGAAACGUGAUUCUGGAUUUGCGGAAGUUGUCAGGUGCGACGUUUGAUGUGAAAGAGCAAUUUAUAGGCCAAGAGAGGGUCGUUGACAUCGGCGGACUGUAUCAAUUCAAGCUUACUGGCGUAGAACUCCUCAUCAAAUGCCUCGAAACGUGCGCGCAACGUAGUGGAAAAGUCACCUUUGUUGUACCAAAUAAAAUGGUUGCUUGCUUGAGUGUGCGACAACGGCAUCAGUUAAUUUUGUAACAAUAUUGAAAGUGAUGCACAACUAUCGUGACCUUGUAACAAAUUGAAAGUGUUGUACAACUAUCGUGACCGCAACCUGAUGAUUUCUUUAAGAAAGUCAAAGUUGUAAAUAAGAUCGAAUCAAUAUCAAUAUCUUUUUUCUUAAUCUACUAUCAAAAAAAGAAUCUCCUUCAACAGAUUCCUCCACCCUGUACAUCGCCGCGGUUUCUUGACACGACUAAGUCCGUUGUCGCCGAAAUUAGUAAAGCUGUCGGCGUAACUAUUACUACACUUCCUGUGUCGCCAGCUAUAGCGCGAAUCGACAAAAACUUCCUGAAUUCUGAAGUUGUAUGGCACUGCACAUAGUGUAAUUUGUCGAAAAAGUUUGUUGGAUUGCAAGAUACAUAAUGUCUUUUUUCUCAAGAAGAGAAAGAGUUUCUUGAAUUCUAAGGCCAAUGAAAUUGUUGGAUUGGCGACUUGUUGCGUCAUUACGUCGUUAUGAAGAAAGAUGUCGAGGAGGACAAAUAUAAUUGAAUUGCACGCCCGUCAAUAUACAUGACUGGGCAUAUCAUCAUCAUCGUCAUCAUAUUCAUACUCUAGUAGCCUCGUCCACAUGCACUGUAUGCGUUACCUAACCUAGUUGUGCGCACGAGCACAGCCUCCGGAGCAAUCCCCACUUCUACAGAAUAAGUCAAUACCACCUGUUUUCAUCCUUCCACGGACACGAGGCGCACAUGGCCUGUAGGCGAGUGACAAUUUCCGGUAGCUAUGAGCAACUGCGAGUAGCGUCACAAAUGCUCUGCCAGAAGGUAGAAGAGGCAAUCACUUUGCCGAAGGAACACCUGGGAACCAGUCUAGAUCCAGAACAGCCGAACUCACUGAGGUUGCUGUUAUGCAGCAGGCUUUAAAGAGCGUUUAACACAUAGGAACAUGUAAAAAGGGGACAUGAUACGUCGUUAUUUAAAUACAUGUAGCAUAGAUACAAUACGAACUUGCGUUAAUGCGUAGCAUAGGGUAGGUUAGUAGCAUAGAUACAAUACGACCUUGCGUUAAUACGUCUUUUGAGCUUUCUCCUUCACCGCGGGUGGACUCACCUCGUCCUGAUGAAGGUCUAUCAAGGGUAAGUAGGUUAAAGGUGCUUUUGUUACCGUUUGUUAUGGCUCUCUCCCUUAGGUGGGGACAGCCAUAAUAAGCGGGGGAUAAGCGAAUAGGAAGAAGCUACCUCUAAUAAGCGCAAUAUACGUAGCAUAGAUACAAUGCGAUGCCUACAUCUGUAAUACUAGUUGCUGCUUGAUGUCCAUGGAGAACUAACACGCCCUUGAAGAAUACACAGUUGAAUGAAAUUCUUGAAAUCCAUUGCUGAAUGAAAUUCUUGAACAGCGUGGGCACCUCGACGAAUCAAUAGCAGGAAAAAUAAACGAACCAGGAUUUUAGCCAUGAAAAAUCAAGACUCUAACUUUUCUUGGCCGAGACGAGGUAAGCUGGAUUAUCGGACGGGGAGGCAAGGUGCUCCGAGACAUCAGGCGCGCUUCAGGAGCAAGUGCCUGGGUUAGAGAGGAGGGCGAUCAAACCUACCGCUGCAUGACGGAUACUCACGGAAGUCGAGUAACGGAAAUCCAAGGCCGAUUGGAGGCGACAUUAUCCUGCGUAGAGUUGAUAUUAUGAGCAUGGCUGGAAAUUUAAUCGACACAGCAAGAUAUGUAAGUAGCUUCGGGAAUUCUUUGUGUAUUGUUCGUAAAUCGCGAUGUUGGUUAAGGGCUUUGACUUUUCCUUCCCCGCAUCCGAAAAGUUUUAGAUAGUCGGCACCUCUCUAAUUCCCGUCCGAGUGUGCGAAAAGUUUCAGGGGAAGUCACAAGCCUUGGGUGUUCUAGUACCACGCACCAUUAACGUCGACAUCGAGCGCCUCAAACGAACGUGCCAUGCAGCACCAAGAAUCUGGAUCGACGGACCGAAAUAUAACAACUACAUUUACGGCUUUGCUUCUUUGUUGUUAGUGUGACUUGCGUAGAUCGUGAGAUUAUACGUGAAGUUCAAUUCGUAUGACAGACUCUUCGGAUGAUCUGUGAACUCGAAUCUUCAAAUCCAACAUGAAGAUACUACGUGUUGUUCUGAGCAUCCUCUAAUCCCUGGGUGCUGAAAACCGUAGUGGAGCAGAGUGGAAAGCCGUCCGGAUCGAAGGGCAUAACGACGCAGCUCGACGCAUGGCCAUGCUGUUGAUUCUACACUUAGCGGACAUCCUACCGAAGGAAAUCCAUCAUACUGGAGGAAGCCAUGGCCACAGCCACAGCCAUGGUUCAUCCCAUUCGUCUAUGCAUUCGUCAGCGCACACGUCAGCGCACGCACCAGCGCACGCAUCGGCGCACGCGUCAGCCCACGCGUCAGCGCAUGCAUCAGCUGCAGUAGCAAACGGAAAUAUUAGGGCGUAUAAGCACUAGGCUCUUGUUUUUGAUGUGCGUUCAUCAGGACAGAUUAGAAUGUCAUUAGGCAGAAAUGUCUUUUACUUUGAGAACUCGAACUCCGCGAACCCUAGUUCUUUUACCUCUAAGACCAGUAGCCACGGCCAUGCAGGAGGCGGUCAGCACUUGCAUCGGACUGGAACGAAUAGUAGCCACAUGAGCAGUGGCAGCCACAUGAACUCGUCAGCGACCAUCCUCGGCGCGGGUGGCAUGGGAGGAGGUGGCGGUGGAGUGAUGCACCACGCGACACAGCAAGCACCAAAUAUUAAUCACAUAUCAUUAUGUUCAGGAAAUGGAAAACUCCGUAAACUAGGAGAACUACUGCUCGGGAUGUAAAUGAAUGAAUCUAGCCCGUCGAGUCAUCGUACGUUGGUCAUGAUUGUACGCAGCACAUAUGUAGUCAUCUACUAAAAAGAAUGCUACAACAAGUGGCUUUUGAUUGAUUCUUCCUUUUCCUCACUCUUUUUCAUUAUGUGGGAGUAGCAGUGCUGGCGGCGCGGGAGGUGGACACCACGGCAUGGGAGGACCUCCGAUGAUGGGCCAAGGUGGGGGAUCAUCCAGGACAGGUCUACGAGAUAUGCUGCGGAGCAUGCCUUGAUGGAGUGCGCUUGUCAGUAGAUAUGCUACGGAGCACGGCUGCUUCGAAUCGAAUUUGAUUGUUUCUCUGAUUCAGAAGAGGCUUUUGGAAAGAGGCCUUCGCGCUGCUGCGGUGACCUAUAUUUCCUUUUUGGUGUUGGCAGGUUCGAAUCAUGUUGACGAAGGUUAUUACAAGUUGCAGGUUGAUGUCGAUUGCUGUAUAAUAUUGGUAGGCUGUACUGGUCGCUUGAUACGCCGACCUUGUCGAAUAAUCUUCAAGAGGAUACUGGCUUGUCUCCCCAUCGCAGAUAAAGGCAUUUUUGGGGAGCUUCCCAAAAAGCCCUGACCUCUGAUUGCGUUCGACAAACCCUUCCUAAUGCCUUUGUGAUAUGAACAAAUAUAGACAUGUUAUAAACAACACUAAGCAUGAUCAUGACCACAUGAGUCUGCAAUGCAGCGAAUGAUCAGCGUGCGGCUUCAGCG